UGCGCCAACUGCGCAUGCGCCAAGCCCAGAGUUCUGAGUCGACUCCCGCUCGAGCUGCGGGAACGCGGAACGGGAAAAGGCAGCUUGGCCAAGAAGCUGCUUAAAUUAGAUUUGGUAAUGUAACUUUAGACGGUGUUUAGUGCAACUGAGGAAUAUAAAACGUCUCGGCGGGACGUGCUUAUGUGAAUCAUGCAGGUAUUUACAGAYGAAACCGAGUUUACGGAUGUUCAUAUGAUCCAAAAAGUUGUGGGUAUGUUUGAGAGUCGACAAUUACAAAGGAUUGUUACAUGCGGCCUUCUUGGUAUUGAAUACGAUGAAGAUCUAGAUGUGGAUGAUUAUCACAACUGGCCUCAUCAACAUAGCAGUUUUUAUGGAUACCAAAACAACAAUCGRGGAUUAAACAGGAACCAGUCGAGGUCAUCAACCUCCGCUUAUCAGCCUCUGAAUUAUCCUUCAUCUCGAGACUCACCCAGCCUGCCCUUUGUGAAGGCUCAUCCAAAGGAGAGCGAUACUGAGCGGAGAGCUAGGUUAUUACAAGAAGCUAAAAAAAACAAAGAAAAAGCUGAGAAGAAGCGGCUUAAGAAACAGAAACAGAAGCAAAGAAAACAAAUGGAGAAGAAGAAGAAGCAGAAUAAAGAGGGAAACGUUGCAGAAGACAGGAAAUCAUUUGACGACCCAAAGGAAAACGACCCAAACUCAGAUGUGACGAAAUCCGCCGCAGCUCAAGAUGCAGACAGCGACGACAAGAGCAGCGAGUACGAGUCCAGUGAGGAAGAGGACGACGCCAAGAGCGACUCUGGAGACUCAGAGAACUCUGCUCCGGCCAACCUCACUUUAGAAGAAAACAUAAAAAUAAGCACUGAUCUUGCAAUUAUGGGAAAUAAGUUUGCCAGUGCUGGAGACUAUAACAUGGCUGUCAAGUAUUUCACAGAUGCAAUUAAAUACAACCCUCAAGAGUUUAAGCUGUUCGGCAAUCGAUCCUUCUGCUUCGAAAAGCUGCAGGAAUACGAGAAGGCACUGGCCGACGCUGAACUGUGUAUUGGAAUUAGUCCGGGGUGGAUUAAAGGAUUGUUUAGGAAGGGCAGAGCUCUGGCAGGUCUAAAGAGAUACGAAGAAGCAGCCGAGGCCUUCAAGGGCGUCCUGAAACGGGACAGUUCGUACGCAGAAGCUGCUCAGGAACUUAUGAGAGUUCAGAUAAUUCAAUUAAUGGCAUAUGGUUUCACACGUGAGCAGAGCUCCAAUGCUUUAAUUAUCCACGGGACUGUAAAGAAAGCGUUAGAGGUGCUGUCCAAGUUACACCAUCAGCCAGGAGCUGGUUUAAACGGCGCUCUCCCGCCGCCUCAAGUAGCRAACGUCACCGGCGUUUCUCCGGUUCUUUCAGCCAGAACACACACUUCAGCCGCCGCCGCCGCUCAGCUGCACAAAGACGUCGAGAAAAUAAGUCUAAACAAACCUUCAGGACCGGCCCAGAACAUUCCCAGUGUUAAUCAUAGUCAGGUCACGAAGACCAAGAACGGAUACAACCAAUCAGCACCAGAGCUGUUUCCAGUUUGGGUGGGAAACUUGACCUAUCCCCCAACAGAGACCACAAUUGCAAAGCUGUUCAGCGAGGUAGGGCUGGUCUAUAGUGUGAAGGUUUUAUCUUACAAACGUUGUGCCUUCGUGAACUUCACUAAACAGGAGCACUGUGAUGAAGCUAUCAGACGCUUUCAUGGCUCUAUACUGAACGGUAUGAGGAUCGCUGUGAGAUACCCCGACAGGAUUCCUGCAGGCAUGGGCUUCUCCAGAUCUGCCCUCAGAUCUCACGACCAGGAGGAUCUGAGGCACUACGCUGAGGGGAGGAGAGCGUUUGAAGCCAAAAGUGUUGAGAAUCCAGACCAAAGAGGCAACAAGUGACUGCAGACGUGAAGCCGUUUGAGUUUGAGGAAUAUCAGCUGUUUUCUACAGAAAGUUCAGGCUUUGCUUCUUUAAAUGUUGUUGGAUCACAGAAGUUAACUUUAACUGUUCUUCUUUCAUUACUGAAUAUAAAACCAAACAUGCAUCUUUGAAUUAUUAUUACUAUUAUUAUYGUUUGAAGCAGGAGGUAAACUUGUUUAAAGUUCACAGAAUGAUCAGUUAUUUUAACAUUUACGUACAGUAAAGAAAUAUAUAAAGGUGUUUUACUAUAGUAUUCAAAUUCAGUCUACAGUUUGUAAAAUUAAUUGAUCGAGUUAUUUUUUUAAGAGAUAAAAUGUGGAAGGAAAAAAGACCAAAAUGAAGUAGAUGAUGUAGAAUAAAAUAAAGUAUGUCUGGGAGA